AUCGUAACUUUUUAUGAAUAAUUUUUUUGUUACUCAAUCUAAAUUAUUUUAAUUUAAGAUAAAUAGAUGUAAAAUGGGUAGAAAACGGAAACUUAACGUACGCGAUCUGAUUGGUACUAAAAGUCAAAUUAGUGAAAAUGACGUAAAACUGCAACAAAAUGGCGGUAGUAAUAAUAAUUGCCUCCAGAAAUCACUAACUGACAGCGCAAUAGAUAAUUUAUUCACUUGCAAAACUGCUGCAAAAAAUAAAAAUGCCAUUAUUAACGACUAUAAUUUUGAUAAUGAUGAAAAUAAAGUAGAUGGCUCACUAAUUAUUUCAUCAUCAUACUCAUCUUCUGCGAUAUUUAGUAACAGCAAAAAUAUAACAGCGAUACCAGAUGGCUCUGCAACUAGUCAUUCUGCACUUACAACAAUCACAACAGCUAGCAUCACUGAUCCUAUCACAACUACACUAACAACAUCAAUAAGCACUCCGGAUCUUAAUUUAACAACUACAGAAAAUGCUAACAAUGACUCGUUAGUGAACUUAGGUUGUGACAGUUCUAUGUCUACACAAGAGCUCCCAAAACAAGAAAAGAAGAGAAAAGGAUGUCUUUCCCUGAAGAAAAAGUUUAAAAAUGGUGUACCUGCCAGCUUAGCAACUAUCGAUAAUAUGUUUUCAACUCCACCGAAUAAAAAUGCUAGUAUUAAUAAGGUUAAAGAAGUUGUGAAACCUGAAGAAUAUUUGAUCCCUGGUCUAGUUAAUUUAGGUAACUCAUGCUAUCUGAACAGUGUUAUUCAGGCCCUAUACUACAUACCUUCAUUCAAGACGAAUGUCGACAAUUUGCAUUCUGAAAUUGAACGCAUUUCCUCCGAUGUUGACGUCAUUGCUAACGUCUUUGGCAUUAAUAGAUUAUUUGAGAGGUUGGAACAAGCGCAGAUUUUGUCACACCCAUCCGUCUGCCCAUCUGAACUGCACGGCGCUCUCGAGUCAAUUAAUCCGCUGUUCAAGUCAAACAUUCAACAAGACUGCCACGAGUUUCUCCAGUUCACACUGGCCCAAAUCAGCAGUGCCAUACAGCAGCUGAAUACCAUUAAAAAUAAUUACUCUAAAAUUAUGAAAAAUUAUAUUAUGGCGAAAUUAUGUCGCGAAAAUAUUCGAAAAAAUAUUAUUACCGGCUCUGGUGGUAAUCAUAUUGAGAUGGAGUGCAAUCGCUGUGUUAAAUUGAUUUGUGGUAUUAAUUUUAGUGAUACGAAAAACUUUGUUAAUGAAAUGUUCCAAGGAGACUUACUUAGGAUAACAAGAUGCAUGGAGUGUGAGGAAGACAAAACCACCAAUGAGAAAUACAUGGAUGUGCCGGUUACUAUAAACAAUAGAAGAAAUAAUACAAGGAGAUGUGGUGAUAAUUGUGGGGGAAAUUAUGAUGAGGAGGAUAACGAAGACGAAGAUGUUCAUGAUGACAUGUACAGGUCAAUAAUGAAUAGCAGUGAAAAGUUGACGGGCGAGAAUAAAUUUUACUGUCGGACGUGCGCCCAAUUUACGGAGGUAGAGCGCAAAGUCGCCUAUUAUAAAUGUCCCAAUGUCCUACUAAUUCACAUGCACAGAUUCACUAAUUCGUUUUUCAACAUGUCUGGAUAUUAUUGCAAAGUGAUGUCCAACAUGAAGAUACCUGUCAGCAUGCCCUGCCUCGAGAUCAACUGCACUAAUCCUAAUCAUCAAUACAGACUGCAUGCCAUCGUAUCUCACAGCGGCUUUUCAUUAUCAUCCGGUCACUAUAUCACCUACAUGAAGAUGAGGAAGGAUGCUAAGAAGGAGGAGAGCAAUCAUAAUAGUAAUAAUAAUAAUAGUAAUAAUAAUAAUAAUAAAAAUGUUAAUAAUAAUAAUACUGCUAAUAAUAAUGAUGCUGAUGAUAAAGCCAGUUUAGAAGUACCUCAUGAUAAGAUACCAACUCCAUUGUCAUCAUUGCCAUCAUCAUCGUCGUCAACAACAGCAGUGACAUCAUCGUCAUCUCUGACGUCAUCACCAUUGGCCUCGUCUGAUUGGUUAGAACUAAAUGACCACCAAGUUAGGAGGAUAUCAAAGGACGAAGUUGACAAAUUGUUAGGCGCUCAAUCUAACUCAUCAAAUAAUCCUUACCUUCUCUUCUUUGUAUCUGGCGACAUUUAAUCUCAUAUAUUAUUAUUAUUUAAUUAUGAUUUUAUUAUUAUUGUUGUUUAUUAUUUUUAUUAUUAUUAUUAAAAUGAACAACAAAUGGUGUUAUGUAUUUGUAAUAUUUAAUGCCUUGUUUAAUCAGUCAUACAUUUAACCGUGUAUUUCCUGCUAAUAUUAAACUUAUGUGCGUGUGCUUGUGUGUGUGAGAGUUUGUUUGUGUGUGCGUGCGCGUAUACGUGUGUGUUUAUAUGUGAUAUUUAAAUGUUGAAUAUUUUCUUAAGAGAUGAGUUUUAAUCUUCCUUGUUGAAUAAAUUGAAAUGAAAGCUUAAUCUGAUCCGUUGAGUGUGUGCAGGUGAAAGAAAACACACUACUUCUACUACUACUACUACUACUACUACUACUACUACUACUACUACUACUACUACUACUAUUACUACUACUGCUACUACUUUCAAUUUAUAAUAAUAACAACGGUUUAUUUUUUCAUAUGAUUGUGCUGCUACAAUAUUAUAAUAAUACCUAGGUCUUGACGACUCGGUCGCUUUUUGUACGUGUAUGUAUGCUUGUCUGUUUGUAUGUAUAUCUAUGUACGUACGUGUGUAUGUAGGUAUGUAUGUAUGUGUUGUAGACCAUAGUUAUGUGUAGUCUUUUACUGAUUAUAGGUCGCAAAUUUUAUUACAUAUGACUUAUGUGUGACUUAAUUGCAUACAUAUGUUCAUACAUACAUAUACAUAUAUACACAUACAUACAUAUGUUACAUACAUACAUACACACACAUAUAUCUAUUCGGUGGUUUUGAUCAUUGCUAUUAUGAUCGUUGGGUCUUCCUGGUCUGAUCCGGCCUAUCUACAUAAUGUUAAUUAUAUUGGAUUGAACGUUUUUAAAAUUAAAAUAAUGAUAAUAAAAAUAAUAAUAAGAUAAAUAUGUA